AUGAUUGUCAUGGCCAGCGUCAUCGGGUUCCCGCUACCGUUUGCACUCGUGGUGGGGAUUCCGGUGUGGUUCGCCGCUCUCAUCAUUUGCUUCGCGUGCUGCUUUGGUCGUGCUUUGAAGCAAGACACGCAGCUCGUCCGCGAGUUGGUCAACUACGUUGUCGUUUUGAUCUGUCAAGUGCUGCUCACGUUCGUCUACCCAGCAUAUCUCUACGGGUUCAUGCAUGUCGGACCGUCGAGUCAAAAGCUCUACGUUAUUCUCCUCCCCGUCAUUAAAAUCAUCGCCAAAAACUGGAUCUCCUACUUUCUCGACAGGAAAUUCGAUCUGAUGCCGCAGAACAUGAUUUUCAACGUGGACGUCUUCAACGCGCUGUACGUCUCAAGCUCGGUUCAAAACUCCAGCUCUAUCACCACAGUGCUCGAAAUGAUCGCACUAGACGCCUUCCUAGGGUGUACGUCAAUUUGGGAUAUCAGCAACCUAAUGCGAGACAUCGUCGCUCUGCAGCAUAAAAUACCCCAUGGCCACCCCCUUCGCUCCGCCAAGUUCAUCGACGUAGCAUUGCAAAUUGUCCAAGAAGCUCCGCAGACAGCCGCUCUUCUAGAAGAGUUUGCCACGCUCGAAAAAAAAUUCUCGCUGAAGGAGCGUCGGAAAUUCGUCCAACGGACGGCUCAAGUGUUGUUCGUCGCGGAGUUUGUCAUCCUCGUGGAGUACACGGAAGUCAUCGUCCCGUUCAUCUUCUGUAUGUAUACGACCUCCAUGUAUUAUCUUCCGAAUCGCGACUACUACGCCCAGAUAAAAGCCCUUGAUAGUGAAGGCCUUGGCAGCAUGCUCAGCGGUGUGGCAAUGUUCGGUGCUGUAGAAUUUCUAUCACUUCUCAUCAUAGGCUACCUCGUCCAGCGGAAGAUUAGCUUCUCCACGCUUCACUUGCUUUCGUUCGUGCUCGACUGCGGGUGGCGACUCGUCCAGUCCAACUUGUUCUUGUGGAUCUUUUACACGAUAACAAACUCGCUGGAGCACAACGGUGCCGACUUUAGCUGGUCGUUCAGCUGGCUCAAAGACGGCCCAACCCACAUGGACUGA